GCCACAUUGAGGUUUUUCUCCUAGAGGUGUCCCCCUAGAGCCAUAGCAGUGCCUUGAGUGGGUGGCUGUCUGUGGGUCUUGUCUCUCCAGAGCACCAGUUACCAGCGCAGCCCCUGUUAACCAGAGAGGGAGCCCAGCAGCAAGUGCUACACUGUAUCUGGUCUCUCCAUGUGCUGCAGACCCUGAGCAAGCAGACAUCUACCUCCAGGAUCCCUUCCAGCUGGACCCUUGAUUGCACAUUUCCUCUUGCUGGUAACAAUAGUGUCCUUGUGUCUCCAGGCUUCCAGCACAGACACCGCACUGCUGCAUUUUAUAUGAUCAGCAGCAGCAGCGGCAGAACCUGCUCAUCCAUCUAGUGAGAGAGGAGGAUAAGGGGGAGCAGCAGUAAUGGCAGCAGAGAGGAAGAGAAACUGGAAUAAGGAGGAUGAUCUCCCAGUCUACCUGGCCAGACCAGGGACCACUGCCCAGACCCCCAGGGUGAAGUAUGGGGGCAUGUUUGCCAAUGUGGAGGGGGCUUAUGAGAACAAGACCAUUGAUUUUGAUGCCUACAGUGUGGGCAAGAAGGGGACCCGCACCCCAAGGAGCAGCAGCAGGCAGGAGCUGGAUGGGGAUAAUUUCAGUGAGACAGCCAGCGAUGUCAGUGAGAUCUCCGGCUCUGUCAUUAGCUCCCCCGGAGAAAGGGACGACAGGACCCUCGGCAUUGAGAUCAAGUACUCCGGUGGGAAGGAGCUACUGCAGGGGCAGGACAAUGGCAAGAGUGAUCGACUUCUUGUAAAAGGAGGGCGAAUCAUCAACGAUGACCAGUCUUUCUACGCUGAUAUUUACAUUGAAGAUGGCCUUAUAAAACAAAUUGGAGAGAAUUUGAUAGUUCCUGGUGGAGUGAAGACUGUUGAAGCCAAUGGACGAAUGGUUAUUCCUGGUGGGAUCGAUGUUAACACGUACCUUCAGAAGCCUUACCUAGGCAUGACCACACUCGAUGACUUCUACCAAGGCACUAAGGCAGCAAUAGCAGGAGGCACCACCAUGAUCAUUGACCAUGUUGUUCCUGACUCUGGAUCAAAUAUUUUGGCCUCAUUUGAGAAAUGGCACGAGGUGGCUGAUACUAAGUCCUGCUGUGACUACUCUCUCCAUGUGGACAUUACCAGCUGGUACGAUGGGAUCCGAGAGGAACUAGAAAUCCUUAUCCAAGAUAAAGGUGUGAAUUCAUUUCAGGUGUACAUGGCCUACAAAGAUCUAUACCAAAUGUCAGAUAGCCAGAUGUAUGAAAUCUUUACAUUUCUCAAGGACCACGGUGCUGUCGUUAUGGUGCAUGCGGAAAAUGGGGACUUAAUAGCUCAGGAACAGAAGCGGAUCUUGGAGAUGGGCAUCACGGGACCAGAAGGACACGCCCUGAGCCGGCCUGAAGAGCUGGAAGCAGAGGCAGUGUUCCGAGCCAUAGCCAUCGCCAGUCAGAUCAACUCCCCUGUGUACAUUACCAAAGUCAUGAGCAAGAGCGCUGCUGACAUCAUUGCGCAAGCCAGGAAGAGAGGUGCGCUGGUGUUUGGAGAGCCUAUUACUGCUAGCUUAGGCACAGAUGGCACUCAUUACUGGAGCAAGAAUUGGGCAAAAGCUGCUGCUUUUAUCACUUCCCCACCUCUCAGCCCGGACCCCACCACACCUGAUUACCUCAACACUAUGCUAGCAUGCGGCGACCUUCAGGUGACUGGGAGUGGACACUGCUCAUACAGCACAGCCCAGAAAGCCAUAGGAAAAGAUAACUUCACUCUAAUUCCAGAAGGAGUGAACGGGAUUGAGGAAAGAAUGACAAUUGUGUGGGACAGAGCUGUGGCUACUGGUAAGAUGGAUGAGAACCAGUUUGUCGCGGUGACUAGUACAAAUGCUGCCAAAAUUUUUAACCUCUAUCCCAGGAAAGGGCGGAUUGCAGUCGGCUCAGAUGCUGACGUGCUUAUUUGGGAUCCUGACAAGAGUAAGACAAUUUCUGCCAAAAGUCACAAAUCGGCCGUGGAAUACAACAUAUUUGAAGGGAUGGAGUGCCACGGGGCUCCACUGAUGGUAAUCAGCCAAGGAAAGAUUGUGUAUGAAGACGGCAACCUUCACGUCAACCAAGGAAUGGGGCGGUUUAUACCUCGGAAACCAUUCCCAGAAUACAUUUACCAGCGUAUCAAGACGAGAAACAAGGUGAGCGGAUUGCAACCUGUGUCCCGUGGGAUGUACGACGGACCAGUGCAUGACAUCCCAGCCAUUCCAAAGUAUGCAACCCCAGCCCCCUCUGCUAAAUGCUCACCCACCAAGAUCCUGCCUGCACCCGUCAGGAACCUUCACCAGUCAAACUUCAGUUUAUCAGGUGCACAGAAAGAUGACAGCAACCCCCGGCGCACAGGACAUCGCAUCGUUGCGCCCCCCGGAGGUCGCUCAAACAUAACAAGCCUUGGUUGAUGAAGCUGAAUGAUGAGUAUGGAGAACGAUCACCAUGGAAAUAAAAUUCCAGUUUGUGUCCCGUGUUAUUGAGCCCACAAUUUUUUUGCUACCGAUUGGAAAAAAAAAUGGUUUGUUUUGUAUAGGAAAAGGUGGUCGUAGUGUGAUGACGUGCUUGGAUCUACUUACCUCACACUUGUCCAUAGGUCACCUUAAAGCAUGGAUCACACAUUGCCGUUUUAGACUAGAGACGUCAUCUUUGUCAUGUAGCUAAAGAACUGUUCCUUUGCACCAUUUAGCUGUACGUUACGUUGGUAGUGCAUGUUAUUUUUUAAUUAAUAUUAUUUAUUUAUUUAUAAGAUGUAGCCUGUAUUAGAGUUUUAAUACAUGCCAGCCAUCAUCUAGACACGAUGCCAUAAACUCUGCCACCGAUAACUAAAAUAUGUGAACAACUUUUAUGUAUGCAGUAGGUUACGAAAUGUAUUAUGUUUACUUUAUUUUAUAUCUUCUUAUUGUUACUAUACCACAGCAGACGUUAUCAUUCAUGUAAAAAUAUGAUAAUCUGGCUAAUUGUACAGUCUUGUCUGUUUUCACCAUGCGGGAUCCUGAGAAUAUUCACACAUACAGCUUUCUUUGAGCCAUGCAACGAGAUGAGCCUGUUUGCAUGGGGUUUUUUGAUACUGUAAGUCUAGUUUAGCGGUCUGAUUUUUACAGUUUUGUACAAAGUUUCUUUUUUCGGUUUGUAAUUCACAUUGCAUUUUUACUUAGGGUUGCGUACGACAUUCUAGAUGUAAUUCUAUUUCGGAAUUCAAAGUGUAUGAAAUAAAUAAUAUGAACAUUAUUAAAUUGCAAAUGGAUUUA